AUGUUGCAGUUGGAGUAGGAUUGCAAUUGUACAUGGUGGGUGAAUGACGAAGCUCCUGAGGUAAUAAAGCAGAAGUGUUCGAGGAUGAGCUCAACUUAUGGGACUCAAAGAAGUAGACAUGCUUUUUUGAAGCCGGCUGAUGGUGAUACUUUCGACAAUCGUAAUGGCCCACUUAUCCUGGAGGAUCGCGUAACUGAGGAAAGAACUAAUGUGAUCGUAAGUAAUCCAUUCCUUGCGCUUUCCAUUCAGCAGCAACGUGCGCGACUUCCUAUUUUUAAGCAUCGCAAUCAUAUUAUAUAUCUACUAGAAAAAUAUCGUAUACUUAUCAUCGUUGGUGAAACUGGAUGUGGCAAAAGUACCCAAGUACCUCAGUACUUGAUGGAGGUUGGCUGGGCCUCAGAUGGACGAAAAAUAGGCGUAACACAGCCAAGAAGGAUAGCAGCAGUUACGUUGGCUAAUCGCGUUGCUGAGGAGAAAUCAUGCAAACUUGGUACGGAUGUUGGUUAUGUAGUUCGCUUUGAUGAUAUGACCGAUUCGGAAACUAAGAUAAAGUACAUGACCGAUGGCAUCCUUCUUCGUGAAUUUAUGUCCGACCCCUUAUUAACACAAUACAGUAUACUGAUGAUUGAUGAAGCACACGAACGUUCUAUUAACACCGACGUUACAUUGGGUUUACUGCGAAAAGUAAUUAUGGUACGUCAAGAUCUUCGAAUAAUCGUCUCGUCUGCAACUCUUGAUGCCAUUCUUUUUCGUGAUUUUUUCGAGUUGAAUGAUACAAAUGACAGAACCAAAGACAUAACAAGUAUUAUCUCUGUGGAGGGUCACAUCCAUCCUGUCACUGUCUAUCACACCAGAAAUCCUGUACCGGAUUAUAUUCAGAAAACAGUAGAAACUGUCCUUGAUAUUCAUAAAAAUGAACAGCCCGGCGAUAUAUUGGUGUUUCUUACAGGACAAGAUGAGGUAGAAUCAGUUAGUAAACAGCUAAUUGAAGCGGUCAAAGAUCUCAGAAACAAGAAAGCAGAUAAAAUGUGGAUUGUACCCAUGUAUGGCUCGUUACCUGCGUUUGAACAGUUAAAAGCCUUUGACUCAACCCCUUAUGGCACAAGGAAAGUCGUGAUUGCUACAAAUAUUGCCGAGACGUCUUUAACCAUACCUGGAAUAACUUAUGUGAUUGAUUGCGGUUUUGUAAAACUUCGGGUAAUGAAUCCUGAAAAUUAUUUCGAAAGCUUGAUGAAAUUGCCUAUUUCUCAAGCAUCAGCACAACAGCGCACAGGCAGGGCUGGACGAAUUCGCCCCGGAAAAUGUUAUCGUCUCUAUCCACAAGAAGAAUACGACAAACUUCUGGUGAAUACGAUACCCGAAAUGCAGCGACUAAACCUCGCAGCUGUCAUUCUGUUGUUGAAAGCGUUAGGGAUACACAAUGUGUUGCGGUUCAAUUACUUAUCGCGGCCAUCUUCCUUUGCAAUGGCUGAAGGUCUUCAGUCGUUGUAUUACCUUGGAGCCCUUUCCAAAGACGGUUUGUUAACCAACCCGUUAGGCAUUCAAAUGAUAGAAUUUCCUUUGCCGCCCCAACAUUCCAAAACUCUUCUUUGUUCGGGUGAACUUGGUUGCAGUGAAGAGAUUGCAACGAUUAUAGCGAUGCUCCAAAUACAAGAUGUUUUUGUAAUACCAUCGAGAUCUCGCCAUAGAGCUGAAUUAAUGAAAAGGAAUUUCUCGGUUGAAGAGGGCGAUCAUCUCACUCUUUUGAACGUUUUCACGAAUUUCAUACAGAAUGGUAAAUCAAAGCAGUGGUGCAUCAAUCAUUUUCUGAAUUAUCGUGGCUUGCGUCGUGCGGAAGCAAUUCGUGACCAACUGCUGGGUCUUUUGAGACGUCAUAAUGUACCAAUCAGAUCAUGCAAAGAAAAUGGAGAGGUGAACUCAAUACUUCGCUGUCUGGUAAAAGGAUUUUUCUCACAAGCCGCUUACUAUCAUUAUUCUGGCGACUAUGUUACUGUUAGGAACGAAUACCAUUUCAAAGUUUAUAAAGGAUCAGCGAUUAUGUACAAAAAGGAAUUUCCAAAAUGGAUAAUAUUCACGGAGGUGCUACAAGAUUCGAUACGUGAUAUCAGCGUAAUUGAAUCAGAAUGGUUGCAUCAGCUAGUUCCGGAAUACUACGAAUUUGGGACGGAUGCUGAAAUAGCAAGGAGAAGAAUGGAAACAAAAAAUGUUUCGUAAUCAGUAGCAUAAUCAUGUUUCAUAAUCAUAUUGUUUCCUUAUGAGAAAGUCUAAUAAAAUUUUUCAAAAUACAA